CUGUGUCUCUCUUUACCUCUUCCUUAUUCCUUUUUUUCUGAACGAGAAAUAACACUCUCUAAUCUGUUAUAAGAACUUAACAAGGUGAAGAGUUUGAUUCUCUCCCAAAACAUUUUAUAUUCUCAUGGUUUUGGGAGGUCAAAUAAAUAAUUAAGCUUGAGGGCCUAAAAUUCUCAGGCACGUCCCUGAAUGGAACUUUGCGCGAUAUGUAAAAAGAAGAGGCAAGAGUGCUCACAAGAGUGUGUGCUAAAACCCUACGGGCCGGCUAACAAAUGGCCUGAGAAGUACGCUUGCUUAGUUAUGGUGUUUGGCAUGAAAAACGUGGUUAGAAUUCUCAGUGAGACUGAUCCUAGCCAGAGGCAAGCUUGCGUGGACUCGCUUUGUUUCGAGGCAGAAGCACGUAUUCGGGACCCAGUUCAUGGCUGCGUUGGUAUAAUUCACCGCCUCCAGCGUCGUCUUCAACAACUUGAACUCAGCUUGAAAUUCGCUAAAGAAGAACUGGCCGUGAUAAAACAUAGACAAAACAAUCAGCAUCUAGUUCUAAGAUCGCUUCUUUAAUUGAGGGCAUCUAAAUAAUACUUUUAUUGUGUUUUUACUAUGGAUUUGAAUUGCUUGAGUAAUAUUGCUUCGACCAUGACUUUGUUUGGUUUUUUUUUUCUUAAUCUCAUUAUUACUAUUUAAGAUUUCACAUGUUUUUUCUUACUUUUCGGAUCCC